AUGUCUGCCAAAGUGCCUCGUAACUUCCGACUGCUCGAAGAACUAGAGAAAGGCGAGAAGGGCUUGGGCGCAGAGGCAUGCUCCUACGGUCUGGCUGACGGCGAUGACCUGAUGAUGACCAACUGGAAUGGCACUAUCCUGGGACCUCCUCAUAGCGCACAUGAGAACCGGAUCUACAGUGUCAACAUCCAUUGCGGAGAUGACUACCCAGACAAGCCACCUGUUCUACAAUUCGUCUCCAAGAUCAACGUUCCUUGUGUCGAUCAGAGAACCGGCAAGGUUGAUCCCACAAAACUUCCGUGCCUUGCAAGUUGGCGCCGUGAGUACACUAUGGAAACAGUUCUGAUUGAGCUGAGACGGUACAUGGCACUUCCCCAGAACAAGAAACUACCUCAGCCGCCCGAGGGCACGACCUUCUGA